UACACCACUUUUGAUGCUGAAAUUUUUGGUCAUCGAAGGAAGGCUGUUGUCUUUAGAAGUGACAUCCAUGCCAUGGCAAACAUGCUGGAACUAUCAGGAGGCUGCAUUGUAUUUUUCAUGAGCUACCUUCAUGAUGUUUUGAAGAGGUCUAAGAUGACUGAGAUGGUAGCCUUUGUUGAUCCUGAUCAUACGGGCGCACUUGGCUGUGGAAAUCCUACUGAACGAGCUCGGUCUUUGUCUAAUCGGUUCCAAAAUGGAAAGCGUGGCCAGAUUUAUUUGGUGCCGUAUAACUCAGGUUCUCAUUGGAUGUUGUCUGUUGUGAAUCCCGAUGAAGAGAUCAUUUACUUCAUGGAUCCGUUAAAGAGGCGCCUCAUAACUGGUGAAUGGAAAACAAUUUUGGAUAACUCCAUUAAAAUCUACAAUGCGAACAAGAAUAGGAAAGGGAGGAAAUUAAUCCAGUGGAAAAAUCUUGCUGGCAUUCCUGAGCAAAAUGGUGGCAAGAGUUGUGGUUAUUGGAUCAUGCGUUACAUGAAGGAGAUAGUGGAAGACACAAAUUUGGAGUUUGCUACUAAGUGGGAUAGAAGAACAAAUCUUGUUUACACAGAAAAUGAUAUUGAUGAAGUUCGGGCUGAAUGGGCGAAACAUGUUAUGAAGUUUGCACAAGUGUAGUGCGCACAAAAAUAUCUGUGGUAUAUGCAUAGUUAGGGCUAGCUGUUUUGGUGCAUAUUGACAUUGAAUGCAUAGCUAGAUUAUGGAGGGUUUUUUUGCCUAACUAAUAUGAUCGACUUUUGCCUUUAUCGAUCAUAUUUUGACCUCCUAACAGAUUACUCAACUUGUAGGAUGGAUUGAUGGUAAUGUUGAAUAUUGAUGUAGUUUGCUGGCUGAUUUAAAUGAAAUGGCCUUUGACUUGUUAUAGUUGGA